ACUCAGGGGAAGACAUUUGAAGACUUUUAUUUGUUCUUUUUACGCACGAUGAGAACAAAAAUGCAGUUUACUACUUCAGAGGCUAGAAUGACGCCGUCUUUUUCGGUCCCAGUUUUUCUCUUUUUGGCACCUUUUUUGUUGAAGGGUCUCUGCGUCAGUGGCUCCCCGGGCUGCGCGUCCUGUGGCUUGUCCUCGAUGGAAAAAGACGCAGAGCAGAGGAUGAUGAUCGAGAUUGCCAAGCAGCAACUUCUGGACAAGUUGCACCUGAAAGAGAGACCAAAUAUCAUUCAGACGGUGCCCCGGGUGGCGCUCCUAACUGCGCUGCGCAAACUACAUUCGGGGCGCGUCAGACAGGACGGUACUCUUGAACUAGAAAACACUGUACCUACCAAAGAUCAAGGCUAUGAAAUAGUGAGCUUUGCAGAUUUAAAUGACACAAAGAGCGGUGAUGACGCCAGCCUCAGUCUUACCUUCCAGUUCCUGCAGGAACGUGGUCAGAGUAUCCAAGUCCUCCAGUCUUCUCUGUGGAUCUACGCCCGCUCCUCUGGGGACCCAAACCGAGACUCCCGCCUCCUUGCCCGAGUUUUCCUCACUGCAGAAGGUGGGGCAUCCAGCUCUAACCGCACCCUAGUGAUAGAGAAGAUGUUGGAGGUUCAGGAGAGUAACUGGCACACCUUCCCCAUCACCCGAACCCUGCAGGCCUUCCUGGACGGAGGCCAGCAUCGGCUCCGGCUGGAGGUCAGCUGCGAUGAGGAUGGAAAGAACCUUUGCUCACUGGAAGGCUCAGCUGAAACAGCCAACCAGCCCUUCAUGGUGGCUCAGGUGCGUCUCCGUGAAGAUCACUCCAAGCACUCAAUCAGGAAGCGCUCGCUGCGUUGUGGGGACGAUGUCACCGUGUGCUGCAAGAGAGACUUCUAUAUCAAGUUCAAGGAUAUCCAGUGGCACGACUGGAUCAUUGCACCUGAAGGUUACCACAUGAACUACUGUAUGGGUCAGUGCCCUCAGCACCUGUCUGGCUCACCUGGUAUAGCAUCCUCAUUCCAUGCCACUGUCUUCAGCCAGCUGAAAGUCAACGGCAUCAACACUGCUGCGUCUUCAUGUUGUGUCCCUACUGAGCGUCGGCCUCUCUCCAUGGUCUACUUCAACUCUCAGCACAGCAUCGUCAAAACAGACGUCCCGGAUAUGAUAGUGGAGUCCUGUGGAUGCACAUAAAGGACAGAGUCUGAAAGACGUGAUAUAUUUAAUGUUCAUUUGUUUAAAACAUCAGGAACUUUAAAGGACUGCUUUUGUAUUGUGUAGCCAGACACAUAGAAACAGUCAUGAGUAGAAAAAUGAAAUCAAAUAAUUUUCUGGAACAAUAUUAUUUCUGGGAAAUAGUAGGUGGAGGUGUAAGGAAAAUAUUGUCAUGGCACUCUGGCGUAUUAUAGGCAGUACAUGCACAACUUGACAGGGGCCCUGAAAAAUAUUAGAGUUUGUGUUUGAGGAGGGGAUUGGGCCCAGUGGUGUCAUUUUUAAUGGAGCCCAAAAUCUCUGAUGGCAUAUUAUAAAUUUAGAAUUAUAUGAGUGCUUUGUUAUAUGCUGUAUGUCAAGAGAUACCAUUGAGUGCCUAGAACGGGUGGUCUCACAAAAACCCAAAAGAUUCUGGUGUAAAGCUUUUAGAGCAGUGGAAAGCUGAAGUUUUU